ACUUUCUGUAGUUAUGCCCAUAACAUAACUAGUUUUCAGUUCUUAUAUAUUAAUUCUCUCGUCUUAUGGAAAGAAAAUCAUACAAACAAAUUUGUUAAUCCUUUUCCUGCGAGAAUUUAACUUAUAACGAUAGAAAAAUAUCUACACAGAUGACACCAAAUUAUUUACAUAACAGGUAGUCUAUGGGGAGAAGACAAGAAUGAAUGAGUUAAAAAAUGUGAAAAGUUUGUCACCAAACUUAUCUCAGUUCUGUCCCUUGUGAGAAGAGGACGUGGCUGGAUUCUCGUUGAUCAGCAAUAAUGUUGUGUGUUUCGAGCAUGUGCUUGAAUAUGGUUUGAACGUAAAACCACGUAAAAGAGAAAAAUAGUAACAACUUACAUCUGCCAGUGUAACAAAACAUUUAUAUUGACUAAAGAUGCAUGCACUAAGACAGCGACCUGAUGUUUACUCGCAACACACCUCUAUGCUUCCUAUAUAUAUCGUGGGAUUCUUGGACUUACUUGGUGUCAGCAUGAUCUUACCAUUGAUAGGACCGCAUGUGAGGGAUAUGGGGGCUUCGUCAACCGUUGUAGGAGCUCUAGGAUCCGUCUAUGGUGCUUUACAACUGUUCUCAAGUCCAAUUGUUGGGAAAUGGAGCGAUGUUACUGGAAGAAGACUUUCACUGAUUGUUUGUAUGUUCUUUACAGCAUUUGGAUACAGUUUAAUUGGUUUUGCAUCUUCAAUUGCUGUUAUUGUUGCAGCACGAGUCAUCUUAGGAAUAUUUAAACACAGCCUAAACAUAAGCAAAUCAUUCAUAGCAGAUGCUGUGCCACCAUCAGAACAGUCUUCAGUUCUAGGAACAUACAAUUCAUUUUCCAGCAUCGGUUUCAUUGUUGGUCCAACCCUGGGUGGUCACAUAGCAGAACUGCCCGGUGGUUUCUUUCUAAUGGCCAAUCUAGCAGGUAUCAUCUUUCUCCUGAAUGCAUUGAUUGUUUGGAUACUGCUUCCCACUUCUCAAAGACCAACCAGAGCCACCUUACAGAGAUUAGAUUCUGUGUUAAGUCCCAGAAAGUUAAUCUCAGAUGAAAUCAACUUCAACCCUAAAAGAUUUUUCCAAUCCAUGAGAAAGAUAAAAUGGAACCAGUUAUGGGAUAUGUUUGCCAUUCGAUUCCUUUUGGGCUUCUCCAUCAUUGUAUUCCGCAGUAAUUUGAACAUUAUGCUCCAGUCUCGUUUCAACAUCUCACCACGGCACAAUGGUUACCUCACCUCCUACAGUGGAAUUGUUUCCACUGCAGCUGGAUUCUUGGUAGGAAGUCUGACUAAACUAUACAAAAAUGAACCCAGGCUGUUUUUUUCAAUGUCUGUAUUUCAGGUUGUUAUCCUAUUUAUGCUUGGUCUCAGCCAGUCUUUUAUUGCCUUUAUAAUAUUUUUUGGUGCUCUUAGCUUGGCCACGUCAGUCAUGAGAGUAGUCGGAACAAGGCUAAUGUUACUCCGAGGAGCACAGGAAGGUUCAGGUGUACUACUAGGACUUAGUCAAAGCUUCAUGUCUAUCGCACGGAUGAUCUCUCCUUUCAUUUCAGGCAUUCUUAUGGAGAUCAAUGUUUCAAUUCCAGCCUUUCUUGGAGCUGCUGCCACAGUUUUAGCAUCUAUUCUCAUUUUCUUAUACCCUCAAGACAAAAGACCAGGCUUGAAAAUGAAAAAGUCUUGAAAAAAAAUAUAAAUGAAACAAUUUGAUAACAAUCUCCAAGAAGAUUUUUUGCUGAGUUUUGUGGGCCACACACACACACAUAAACACACACACAAUGAUGGCCCACAUCAGUGUGUGUGUGUAUGUGUGUGUAUUUAUAUUAUUGUGGGCCAUCAGUGAAUGUAUAUAUAUAUAUAUAUAUAAAUAUAUAAAAUUUGAAUAAUAAGGGUGAAAAAUUGAAUAUUAAUUUGAUUAAUAUCAAUUUAAAACCAGUGGCCUAGCAUAUUGAAAAAAUCUGAAGAUUCAGAAAAAUUAUAUUACAUACAUAUAAGAGGGAUGACUACUAAGUGGACAUCCAUUAUGCUAGAAGUAGAUCACCUACGAUCUGACC